AGGUCUUACAUUGGACAUGUUCUAUUCCCAUGCCCUCCUGGCAUUCUUUGGUGAUGCACUACGUAUAAUCGGAGGUCGCUCUCCUCUUGAUUGGGACAGUACUAUUUCCCUGACCGAUGCAGAGAAUUCUGCUGUCUCGUCAUGUUGUGAUCUUAUAGCCGAUCUACUUCAAGGAAGUUGCCAUCAUGAUCCUGUUUAUAGUGAGGAACUACAGUUUAAUAUUACCUCUGAUGCGAGUCAGUUUGGCUACGGAUGGUCUAUUACUGAGAAUAACUCUCCUCAAUUUGGUUAUCAACGAGCGCGGUUAUGGAAGAGAUCUGAGCUACAUUGGCAUAUAAAUCGACGAGAACUAUAUGCCCUUUGUGACAGUGCUACCUUUAUGCUGGAUAUUGUAGACUCGGUGCUAAAAUCCGGCAAGAAGUGUUCUAUUUUGUUUAAUGUGGACUCUCAGACCACCGCUCGUUGGGUUGCGACAAAUAAGAGCUCCUGCCGUACUUUGGAGAAGCACGCAGUUGCUCGACUCAUUGGUAUAUUCAGCGAAAUUACUCAUCAUUGGCGAGAUAUUGGGGUUACUUACAAGGUCGAGCUCAUUCGAGGGCACGAUAAUAUGGUUUCUGAUAUGCUCUCCAGGCUUGCACAACGAUAUGAUCUGGUAUCUGUGAUCUAUGGUGAUGCCUUUGAUGAAGGAUGGGUGGACGAAAGUUGUUUUGUGCCUACGACGACGUUGCGGACUAAUUCGAUUGCUCCGACUGAUUCUCCUCUGCUUGCUGUUAAUGAGGAUUUAGUCGAUGAUUCGGUUAAUGACUAUACUGAGCUUUAUAUUAACCUCCUUAUUGUGAGAGCUUUUCAUGCUUGGAAGGUCAGUACUGGCAAAAUGGAGAACUAUUCGGAGAUGCUAUCGGUCUGCAAUAUGAAGGCAAGGGAAUGGCUCAAAUCUUACCAACGGUCAUCGUUAUCUCUCCGCCCGUUAUUUAAACAAGUACUUGAUGAGCACCAUCCUCAGGACCGUUACCUCGGAAGGAAAAGGUGUACUGGUCAUUUUUAUCAACUAUCUGAAGAUGGCCUUUUGGUGGAGUUACGAUAUCCCUUUGGAGAUAUCCUAGCCGUACCUUUUCGAGUGAUUGUUCUUCCGACCGACGACACUAGUUUACUGGAGCAGCUUGUAUUACGAUUUCACUUGAAAGGUGGUCAUACUGAUUCUCGUCAUACAAGAUGGCGUAUCUCGCGAAGCUUUCGGUGGGCUGGUAUGCGUAAGGAUAUUCAACGUGUUUGUCGAUCUUGUGUUCGGUGCCAGUAUAUUGCGGCUAGUCGACGUUCGAAGACUAUUUCAAGAAGACUUGAUACUUCCGUACGUGAACCUUGGUCCAUCUUAUCUACUGAUAUUCUUGGACCUGUGCGUAAGGACGCUCAUGGAUUUCAAUAUGUGCUAGUAACGAUAUGUCAUAUGAGUCGUUUCGUGGUAUUGGCUCCCCUUAAACGUGCCGACGCUAAGGAGGUUAUUGCCGCACUGCGAAUCAUUUGGAAUUGGUGGGGUGUGCCCUCCCAGAUUCGAUCUGAUAAUGGCCCGUGUUACAAGUCUCUUUUGUACAAGCGUGCUAUGGAAGCUGAUGGUAUAAGAGUGAUGUAUAUAAGUAGAUACUCACCUUGGAGUAAUGGUCUUUGUGAACGAGUGAUGCCUUCUGUGAAGAAUUACCUGAAGGGUCUUAGUAAGAAGGAAUAUCGAGAUUGGUCAUCCUCUUUGUCCACUAUUGUUCGACGUCUCAAUACGAAGCCUUUACGAGAUGGGAGUGACCAAAGUCCUUACUCUAUUAUAUUUGGUCAUCAUUAUCAUGAAGAAGAGGAACGACGCUUCUCCUAUGAUGAUGGUCAUAUUUCAUUACCGAAUGUUGAUGACGAAGUGAUUACUACCGAGGAGGUUAAGUCUUUACAGUCACAACGAGCACUUAUCCUUCAAGAAGUUCUCCAUAAUCGUGAAGAUCGUGAACCAAAUCAUGGUCCAGAUCAGGUUAUUUCAAGAGCCGUACCGUCUAUUGGAAGUAAAGUCAUCAGAGUCGGCUCGAUGGCUAAAGGAGAUCAACGUGUCUAUACCGUUACUAGUGUUGGAAAGGACGGUGUGACCGUUAAUAUUGUUAGUCCUGAUGGUGUAACUACUCGAGAGCAUGGUUCGAAUCUUCGCCGCUUCUGGGGGGCGAACUGUUAGGUUCAGUAGCUAGAUUCUCCCAUUUUUCUCUCUAUUUGUCUCCAUUUGUGUUAGCAAGACCAUCUCUGUGUGACCGUAUCCUACUAAGCCUUUUUUAGCUUAGUUUUGCUAGGUCAUUCUAUUUGAUAUAAGUAA